ACAACUAUUACACCCUUAUACCCUGCCAAUUCUACAUCGCGACCUCGCAAUGGUUACAGCGCCGUCCGUGCCGGAGUAGGUCUCAGCUUUAUGAUCUCCUUGCAGUUCCCGGCACCCUCGUAGCCUAAUUGGCUUCAACUCAUGAUAUUCGAAGAUGACAGCCAAUCAGUCAUAGAAGCACGCACUGAAUCACUCUCUGCCUUGCGCGAACUAGGACCUCCCGACUUGGUUCAUCUUGUCAAACAGCCGGUCAAAUCGACCACGAAACAGAUUGGUGUAUACCAUCAUGUCACUGGUGUAGACGCCUCCUCUUCCGCCAGUCUUGCCGCCUAUAUCAACACCCUCACCUAUAAUCCACUUGAUAAAACCAACAAGGUCACGCAGGGGCUCUAUUGUUGCUACAAUGCGUUCUCCAGACUCGACAUGCGCGUGCAGGUGGCAAUUCCAGGAACUGUGGAAGCCUAUUGCAUCGACGAAAGGGGAGACAAAAGAGUUGCUACGGAUGAGCUUUGGCUAGAAACCUACCUUUGUAGUGUCUUACGCGCCUAUUCCUAUGCCGACGACGGUUCUGGAGAAGUAAUCAAAAAGAUUAUAGGCGUACGAAGAUUCAAUCCAAUUACCAGCACAGAUGCGGAGCAUAAGUUUCUUGAUGCUGCUGAGCGCCUAUUCUUCAAUGGCUGGCAGCUGGGAUCUGAUCCAGAAAUCCAAGUACCAAAUCUUGUCUCUAACCACCUUACGACUGGACUUUUGGACUAUAUUCACACGACUGGAAGAUAUCCAUCGGGUAUCAAUUUGUUUGAGAAACUCCGCACGCGCGACCCUGAAAUAUCAUCCCUCCUCGCUCGAGUCUAUAUCGCCGCAGACGAGGAGGUCAAAGCAGUGCAGCUGCUGCAUGACGCCAUUCAGGAGCUUCCUAUGGACUAUUCCUUGUUAGACUGCCAAGCUGAUUUUUGCAAUCAGAAAGGACGACCGGAUCUCGCUCUAGAAAUAGCAAAACGUAGCGUUGUCUCAGCACCAAGUGAAUUCGGCACUUGGGCUAGACUCGCAGAAAUCUACGUGAAUCUAGAGCAAUGGGAUCUGGCGCUUCUGACCUUGAACUCAUGUCCAAUGUUUACGUAUCAAGAUAAAGACGCCCCUCGCAUACCCGAACCCCUCCGUCUCUCUCUACCGGCAAUGCCAGAGACCAUAUGCGACGAGAUUGAUGACAGCACCGUAGAUGGAGACUCUGACGCGGUACAUCCGACUUUGCGCAAGCUUCACGCAGCACAAUUCAAAGGCACUUUUGCCAAAGCGUAUACACUCCUAACUGAGAUAGCCAAAAAGAUCGGGUGGGAUCAACUGCUCAAGAUCCGUAGCCAAGUCUUCGUCAUGGAAGAAGAAUACCGCCACGAAAAGCAGACUGCCGCGCAUGUGCCUGCCAGUAGAAAUGCCAGCACCACCGCUCUCCACUCCCCGAGCCCCAACACCAACGGCAACAAGGGGAACGACGAUGCAGACAGCGAAGAGGACACAUCAGAAGGUGCAUCAGAGACCGACCCCUCCUCCGCAGCUGAGGCCGAGGCCCAAAAUCUGGAGAAGCCCAGUCUCACUGUUGCGUCAGAGACAGUCAAGGCAGGCAGCGACGAGCCCGAUCAGACAGCCCAGCAGAACUACACGCAAUUCCAUAACAAACGCUUGUGUGAACGCUGGCUCGACAACCUUUUCAUGGUGCUGUAUGAAGAUCUGCGAGUGUACACCAUCUGGCGCACGGAAAUGGCACAAUAUCGCGAGCGUCAGCUCGCAUACAAGAAAUCUGCUGAUGAGUGGGAAAUCCUGGGAGAGCUGGCAGAGAGACUGCACCAUUCUGACGAAGCCAUCGAGGCAUUUGAGUCUUGCCUGCAGAUGAGGUUCAGCCCGAAGGCCAUGAAAGGCGUGUUAAAAGUGUAUGAAACCCACAGCGAUGUGAGGGAGAACCUAGGCGCGCUUAUCCGGCUGGUCACAUGGCAAUACAGGUGGUAUUCUGAGUUCUCGCCCUCUUUGCUAUACAACGUACGGAAGCUCAUAGAAGAAGAGGGUGCCGUGAAGGUUAGAAGUAUUAUUCAAGGCACGACAAUGCCGCAGCACGUUCUGGACUUGACUCAUCACUAUGCGCAACUGUGUGCUGCCUUCAGGAGCAGUGGUACCGAUGGCUGAGUCUAUGAUAGAUAUCCAGCCGCAGUCUGAAAAGCCGAGAAUGAAACGUUAUGUCGUUGAGAGAUGGUAUGUGCUUAGUCAAAAGUGUAGUGUUUUAUAUCCACGACAGGGCGGUGCUUCGCAUAGCCAAUAUAAUACCAUCUGAUAUUUCAUAUUUUCGAAUGCUCCAAGCAGCACUAUCACAUCUGCAAUAUCGGCAUGUCUUCAGUGUGAAAAGACAAUGGUUUUUCAUUCCUAUAUCACAUAUUCGCCGGGU